ACGUUUGAAAUUUGAAGCGUUUCGGCGAAGAAUGAAUAGAAAACGGGACACGGGCCCGUGGAAAAUAUGUAGUGUUGCGGUCGUGAAGUGUUAGUCUUAGAGUGAAAAGCGGCCACCGACCACUGGCUGGUAGCCGCACCGCUGAAGAAAUGCCCUAAUGGCUAGAGAGGAGGCCCGUGGCGUCGGAGUCGUCGGUGGUGUCGGUGGCGGUGGCGGCGGUAAGCGUCCGUUCAAGUUAUGGGACGGCCGACGUAGCGUGCGCAAAGGCCUGGUGGUGGGCAGUUUGGAGGAGCUGGUGCAGCGAGGUCGCGAAAAAUUAGGCGUCGGUGUGGGCGAGCCGGUAAGGUUGGUAUUGGAAAGCGACGGCACCCAAGUCGAGGACGCCGAAUAUUUUCGGACGCUGCCACCGAACACUGUCCUGCUGCUGCUUAGGCCCGGAGAACGCUGGUUACCGCAGGGGGUCGACGUUAUCAAAGCAGUAGCAAUUUCGGCAAUUCCUCGGAUCGUAUGCGAAGCGAUACACGCGCUGGAGCUGCACGAUGAGACACCCUCUUGGAAGAUUAUGGAUAACAAGGGUCGCGUCACGGUGGUACUGCAUUGGGAUCAGCGAGGCCCUGGACCUUCAAGGGCUUCGUCGGAAGCACCUUCGCCGGCACCUGGCAAGUAUUCGCCCAGCAAGCGGCCCUCGUUGGUCAUCCAAACCGCCACCAAAAAGGAAACGGUCAUCAACGACGUCUAUCAGCAGCCCUCAGCUCAAGCUCCAAGAUACCCUAGUCCUCAAAUCACUGUGAUAAAUCAUGACGAGGUCAAACCGCCACCUCCACUUCAUAGACUUCCUAAACAGGGCAGUUCGAUCGAGAGUACGACGAUCCAUAUUCACACCCCCGAAUGCGCGCACCAUGUGCAUCUGCCACGUUCUGGCAGUCCCCAAACUAACGGUACCAUCGAGUGUGAUUUUCAUUGUUGCGCAUUGCACGAAGAGGGUCGCAAAAUUGCCGUUCAUAAGCAUAGCGUUGCGACGUCUCCUAUCCAAGACGCUCAACAGCAAACAUCACCACAACCACCGUCGCGCCACGUGCGAUUCCUCGACGUCGAAGGACGACAUCCAGGGGUCGAUCACGAGAGUUCGGAGAGCGAGACGGAAAACACGGUGAUGGAAGAUGAGGCGAUAACUUCGGAAAAGUUCCUUCUGCUUAUCGAUCAGCUCAGCGUAGAUCAAAAGCGCCACUUGACGAUCAAAGAUAUCGGCAUUAUUUUGGAGCGGCUCAGUUCUAAGAUCUUAGACGUCGAACGCUUAGAUCGAGAAAGCGAGAGUGACGAUUGUUACAAUUGGACCAUAAAGGCAACUAUUCGCGGGGACGUGUUACGUGAACUCGGUGUUAUUUAUAACGGAAACUACUACGCCAUUUCCGAACAUCCGGGAUACAAGGAGGAGAACGAGGGCGCCGCGGAAGAAAUCGAAGAGGAGGAAGAGGAAGAAGACAGGCUGUGAAGAUUUUAAAUCAUACAUACUAAUCCCGGAUGUCAACGAGUGGCGUGUGCAUCAUAAUAAGAACGCAACGUGUUAAUUUUGUUUUCGUUUCGAAUAGCAAAAAGAUCUUAAUAUUAUCGGUGCCUACAUAUAAGCGCCACACCGUUUUACAAUUAUCUGAUUGUUUCGAGAAACUUGAGUUGAUCAAAAUAGAUUUUGGCCAAAUGAAAUGAAACCAAACCCACUCAGGUCCGUUCCUUUUUAAUUGCGUAACAGUAUUAAUUAAUAGUCCCCACCCUAAUCAGUAUUCUUUUUAGAAGAGUGCCAAAUAUAUUAUUAUAAUUUAUCACAAUAACAUUUCUCGCUCGCGUGCGUGCAGUUGUACCAACAAUCGCAGAUCUUCCAUGCAGAUCGUGUGCCAAAUCAGUAGCAGUUCAAGUUUCUCCCGUAAGUGUAAUCCAAGCCUAAUAAGAUGACGAACCGUUAAAUAGGGAAAGAAGGGGUGCUACUACUAGACAAACAAACUGUAUACCUUACCGUAUAAAAAAAAAAAAGCUAUACCGACUGCCACCGUGUUUAUGUCAAACAGCACAAAGAAAGCAAAAAAAAAAA